AAGUUGAUCAUCGCCUGCUUUAAUGGUCGAUUCCCAAAUUCAUCUUUCAGACACAAACAACCAUCCUUUCCUUCUUUUCUGAAUUCAAUCAUCUCUAAACUUAAACACCCACAACUCUGAUUCAAAACUUCUUUUUCAAUGUUUCCGAGGGUGAAAGUAAAAGAAGAGAACCAAGAGGAUCAUCAACAAGUUGUGAAGGACUACAAGAUAAACUCUGUUUUGUCUUUGAAAGAUGUCCUGUUUCUCUCCAUGCUUGAUUCUUGUUUUCCAGUGAAAAGACAUGAAGAUAUUUCUCCUACGCCUACAGCAAGAAUUCCGAAGUCUUAUCUACCAGAAGUAGAGAAACAUUCAGAUACUUCAUCUGAAGGUUCAGGGAAAAGCAAGACAAAAGUUGAAGAUGAGGAAGCUAGACCAAAUAUUAGAGCGAGUUCAACUCCUCGUCCCCGGGCUGUCAUUUCUAGUCCUGACAAUGAUGCUGUGAUCGGAUAUAAAAAUAAGAUCGAAGGGAGACAAAGGAGAGCUUUGACGAAUCAUAGUACGGUUCAAAAUCGACACACGACCCGAGCCCACAUCUUUACGGGAAGUCCAGUGAGAACGACUAAGCCCAAGAAUGAUGAUAGCCGUAAUGUCGAAACCAAAGGAAAGAAAGGAUCGGGACCAACUGUUUCAGCUCGGAGAAAACACCCUUUAACUGAAAGACCAAGCUGGCAAGAUCCCUAGACUGUGUAGCUGAAUAGGUAUUUUUGACUCAGCUUAAAUUCGAAUUUAAAUAUUAAAUACG